CCUUCUCCUUGGUUGAAAACGACGUCGUUUGCUCUGCAGCUUCAGCUUCAGCUUCAAAGUGGUGGCGACUGGCGAGUCGUUCACUUCAACGGGGACGGAACGACGCUUCUCUCUCUCUCUCUCUCUCUCUCUCUCUCUCUCUCUCUCUCUCUCGUGGGGGGUGCUGCUGCCGACGAAGACAAGAACUCCUUCAUAUUCAAGGUGUUGGGCUGCGUGCUGUGCUGGGUGAGUUGGUGUUCAAUGAAUCAGACACUGGAUUGGGGCAGAUUGAAUUUGUAAUUUUCUACUCAUUUUGAAUACCAAGAGGAAAACCAAGAUGCAAGCUUUUCCAAGGGAAGGUGAAAAUGCUUUGUCUGUGAUUGGGCCACGGCCAGGAAUGGAAUGGUCGGCUGUACCAUAUGGUGGUCCUCAGGCACCAGUUUCAAAUGGAAAUAAGCGAACAUCGAGUUUGGUAUCGCCAAUCAUGUUGUUAACGGGUCAUCAGGGUGCUAUAUACACAAUGAAGUUUAAUCCGACAGGAAACAUCAUCGCAUCGGGGUCUCAUGACAGAGACAUUUUCUUAUGGGAUGUGCACGGUGAGUGUAAAAACUUCAUGGUUUUAAAAGGGCACAAGAAUGCAGUUUUGGAUCUCCAGUGGACUACUGAUGGGUACCAGAUAAUAUCAGCCAGCCCAGACAAGACUCUGAGGGCCUGGGAUGUUGAAACCGGGAAACAGAUAAAGAAGAUGGCAGAACAUUCCUCUUUUGUAAACUCGUGCUGUCCUUCUCGGAGGGGGCCUCCACUUGUUGUCAGUGGAUCCGACGAUGGAACUGCCAAACUCUGGGAUAUGCGUCAAAGAGGUGCCAUCCAGACAUUCCCAGACAAAUAUCAAAUCACAGCUGUCAGUUUCUCCGAUGGGUCAGAUAAGAUCUAUACUGGUGGUAUUGACAAUGAUAUUAAAUUGUGGGAUUUGCGCAGAAAUGAGGUAACCAUGACACUUCAAGGCCACCAAGAUAUGAUAACAGGUAUGCAGCUGAGUCCUGAUGGUUCAUAUCUCCUUACCAAUGGUAUGGAUUGCAAGCUGUGCAUUUGGGACAUGCGUCCCUAUGCCCCUCAGAACCGUUGUGUGAAGAUAUUGGAAGGGCACCAGCACAACUUUGAGAAAAUCUUGUUGAAAUGUAGUUGGUCACCUGAUGGAAGCAAGGUUACUGCUGGUAGUUCGGAUCGAAUGGUGUAUAUUUGGGAUACGACCACUCGACGCAUCUUGUACAAGCUCCCUGGCCACACUGGAUCAGUAAAUGAUGCUGCCUUCCAUCCCACUGAACCUAUUAUUGGAUCCUGCAGUAGUGAUAAACAGAUUUAUCUUGGUGAGAUAUGAAUUUUGUUAACCUGAACAUAACCAAUAGCGACAACCCGUUGUUGUGCCCUAUCCAUGAGUGUCCAUGCCCAAGUUCUGAAGAGUUGAAUCUACUUGCCAUUUCUCAGCCAAUUGGAUAUCCCAACUCACCGAGGUUCUACAAUUUGAUGAAGUGUUUUCUGGAUUUACAGUUGUAGACCUGCAUCUAUGUAAUUGUCAUUUCAUUUGCUUCUUUGUAGUUUUUGAAAUGUUGUACCUUGCACAGUUGCUCAUGGGAAAGAAUAGAUUUGUGCACGAGUGGAGUACUUGUUGUAGGAUUGGUACUUCAGAGUAAUGUUGAGACCAUUUUGUUCUUGUUA